AUGGGCGACAAGGACAGAGACAACCACUCAGAAGCGACUGACUUCAUUAACCACUCAGAAGCGACUGACUUCAUUCUUGUAGGGAUCAGGGCCCGUCCGGAGCUCCACAGUGUCAUCUUUCUUCUAUUUCUGAUUAUUUAUGGGAUGGUUCUUCUGGGAAACCUUAGCAUGGUCGGCAUCAUCGUGAGUGACCCUAGGCUGAACACGCCAAUGUAUUUCUUCCUAGGCAAUCUCUCUAUCAUUGACCUCUCCUACUCCACAGUCAUUGUACCUAAGGCCAUGGCCAUCAUCUUAUCUCAGAAAAAGACCAUAUCCUUUGUAGGCUGCGUGGCCCAGCUUUUCCUUUAUGCACUUUUUAUGGUAACGGAAGCCUUUGUGCUGGCAGCCAUGGCCUAUGACCGAUUCGUUGCCAUCUGCAACCCUCUCCUCUACAGCAUCCGCAUGUCCAGGAGUGUCUGUGUCCAGCUGGUGGCUGGGUCUUAUGUCUGUGGCUGGGUCAGCUCUGUCCUCCAAAUCAGCGUAACGUUCUCCAUGUCAUUUUGUGCCUCCAGGGUUAUCGAUCACUUUUACUGUGACUCCAAUCCAAUCGAAAAGAUCUCCUGCUCUAAUACCUUUAUCAAUAAGAUGGUGUCACUUAGUCUGGCAGUGCUCAUUAUUUUGCCCACAAUAAUUGUUAUUGUAGUGUCUUACAUGUAUAUUGUGUCCACCGUUUUAAAAAUCCACUCCAGGGAAGGGAGGAAAAAGGCCUUUUCUACCUGCAGCUCCCACCUCGGGGUUGUAAGUUUGCUUUACGGGACUGUUUCCUUUGUGUAUCUCACGCCUCCAACUAACCCCGAACUUCGUAAAAUAGCUUCGGUAUGUUACAUUUUGUUGACACCCAUGUUGAAUCCCUUAAUCUACUCUUUACGAAAUAAGGAUGUAAAACAUGCUGUGAAAAAAGUCUUGUGCAAGAAAAAUGUUUCACCGUAA